AUGUGCGGGAUUUUCGGUUACUGCAGCUUCCUCCAGGAGAAGGACCGUAAGACGGUUUGCGACAUUCUCGUCAACGGCCUUGCCCGCCAAGAGUACCGCGGCUACGACUCCGCAGGCAUUGGCAUCGAUGGUGACAAGCCCGGCGAGAUGUACUUCUUCAAGGAGGUCGGCAAAGUCGCCGGCCUUCGCAAGAAGAUCGCCGAGUCCGACGUCGACACCAGCAAGACCUUCAUCUCCCAGGUCUCCAUCGCCCACACCCGCUGGGCCACCCACGGUCCCCCGAGCGUCGUCAACUGCCAUCCCCUCAAAUCGGAUCCGGACGCCCACUUCAUCGUCGUUCACAACGGCAUUGUGACCAACGCUGUCGCUCUCCGUCUCGUACUUCAAAAGCGCGGGUACAAGUUCGAGAGUGAGACCGACACUGAGGCGGCCGCCAUCCUCACCAAGUACAUCUACGACUCGCAGACGGGCAAGAAGCCGACGUUCACGGAGCUCGUCAAGCAGGUGCUCCACGAGCUCGAGGGUUCGUUCGCGUUCGUCUUCAAGUCCUCGCACUACCCCAACGAGGUCGUCACCGCCCGUCGUGGUUCACCUCUCCUGAUUGGUGUCAAGACCGAGAAGAAGCUCAAGGUGGACUUCGUCGAUGUCGAGUUCGCGGGUCCCGAGUCAGAUGCGAAGAGCAACAGCGCUCUUGCUCCCCCUACCUCGCCGAGCGGUCUCCUCGCGCCUCCAAGCAACCCUGGCAUGCUCCGUUCACAAUCCCGCGCCUUCAUGUCGGAAGACGGUCUUCCUCAGCCCAUUGAGUUCUUCAUCGCAUCAGACGCGGCGGCCAUCAUCGAGCACACCAAACGCGUGCUUUACCUCGAGGACGAUGACAUCGCGCACAUCUCCGGGGGCGAGCUCCACAUCCACCGUCUCCGUCGCAACGAGGAGGGCGGCGCCCCCCAGGCGCAGCACCGCACGAUCGAGACGCUCGAGAUUGAGCUCGCGGAGAUCAUGAAGGGCAAGUUCGACCAUUUCAUGCAGAAGGAGAUCUACGAGCAACCCGAGUCCGUUGUCAACACUAUGCGUGGCCGUGUCAACUUCGACCAGGCCCGCAUCACGCUCGGUGGGCUCCGUGCCUACCUCAACAUCAUCCGUCGUGGCCGUCGCAUCGUCUUCUGCGCGUGUGGAACGUCGUAUCACUCCGCGAUCGCGACCCGGGCGAUUUUCGAGGAGCUGACGGAGAUCCCGGUCUCGGUUGAGCUCGCGUCCGACUUCCUCGACCGCAAGACACCGAUCUUCCGUGACGACGUUUGCGUGUUCGUGUCUCAGUCGGGCGAGACCGCAGACACGAUCCUCGCGCUGCGCUACUGCUUGGAGCGCGGGGCGCUUUGCGUCGGUGUCGUCAACACAGUCGGUUCGACGAUCUCGCGUGAGACGCACUGCGGUGUCCACAUCAACGCUGGUCCUGAGAUUGGUGUCGCCUCGACCAAGGCGUACACCUCGCAGUACAUUGCCCUCCUCAUGGUGGCCCUCCAGCUCUCAGAAGACCGGAUCUCCCUCACCGAGCGCCGGAACCAGAUCAUUCAGGGUCUCCACGCGCUUCCCGGCCAGAUCAAGCGAGUUCUCGACGGCGACAAGGGUUUCCAAGAGCUCGCGACUGGCGUUCUCGCCAACCAGAGGAGUCUGCUUCUCAUGGGUCGUGGCUACCAGUACGCGACGUGCUUGGAGGGCGCGCUGAAGAUCAAGGAGAUUUCGUACAUGCACUCGGAGGGCAUCCUCGCCGGCGAGCUCAAGCACGGCCCGCUCGCGCUCAUCGACGAGAACAUGCCGGUGAUCAUCGUGAUGACGCAGGACUCGCUGUACCCGAAGGUUCAGUCGGCGUACGCGCAGAUCACGGCGCGCAAGGCGGCGCCGAUCAUCAUCUGCAACGAGGAGGAUGAGGGGAUCCCGAAGGGCUGCCAGACGAUCCGCGUGCCGAGCACGGUAGACUGCCUCCAGGGCCUGCUCAACAUCAUCCCACUCCAGCUGCUCUCGUACCACCUCGCGGUCAAGAACGGCUUCGACGUCGACUUCCCCCGGAACCUGGCGAAGUCGGUCACGACCGAGUAA